AUGUGUUUGUAUGUAUGUACUCACAAACAGUACUAACGUUAACAAAACCAAAAGAAAAUAGCAUUAAAAUAACCGUAAACAAAACAAAACGUACAACAGUGAAAACCUCAGCAAUCACCAUGCCACAAAGACCUACAAAUUGGAGUUUCACUCGAAAUGGAUUUACGAAUCGAAAGCCGCAGCGCCAUCUGCCGACUUUACCAGAUUGCAUGCUGCCAGCUGAUAACGAUUACAGCAACAAAGCGAAAAGCAGCUGGCUACGUCAAAAGAUGGAAACCGAAAAGGAGGAAGCCCGAAAUUUGCAGGUGGAGUUUGAAUGGGUGCUGCGCGAGGAGGUGCAUGCGAUAUUAAAACAAUUAAGGAAGAUAUUGGUCGAGUGUGCUCAUCGCUUUCCUGUGCCGCUGUAUGCCAAUGAGGGUAAAAAGACUGAAAAAUACAUAAUGAAAGUAGCGCCAGAAAAACUUAGUGCCAUUGUGACUCUUACGGGUGAUAGCAUUACUCAUGCAGAUAUAAGCUUUAAGCUUGCGCGGGCACCGCAUCAUCAACAGAAAACUUGUAUUAACCAAGACACGCCAUGGAAGUUGCAACAAGUGCAGGACGCAGCAAAUCAUCUACAGCAAGCAAUUAACCACAUUGAUGAUGUAGAUGCUACUUACCAUUUCAAAACGUCUGACGAAGUUAUGAAUGUUGUAGGUAACAUACUAGAGGCACUGCAACGUGCGCGCACCAGUUUGGUGAUACCCAAGAAGAAGCCUAUCGCCGAUCUGAUUAAAAGCCGCAAUAUGAAAGCGCUUGCACCCAACUUAUCCGAAGACUUAGCCGUCAGCUUUUAUCUUCAAAGUCACAAAUUAAUUAUGGCUGUUUAUCAAUUAAUUACAGUACAGGGUACAAUGCGCUUUGACUCAUGCCAGGCGGAGACAACCGUGCAAUGGUUAAACGACGUAAUGCCAAUGCUUUGCGCCGGCCUGAAACUCUGCCAACAACUUAAGGACAAGAUAUCUGUGUUCUCGGUGUAUAAGGAUUUUACUGUUGAGUCCCGUCCACCAUCGGCGCUUUCCUAUUGACACUCACUAAUGUCAAAUUGAAAGUUUCAAAUAUGAUAACAGACAAAAUAUGCAAAACAUUGAUAGGAUUUAACGCUUAAUUUCAAAAUUGCAAAAAUUUUGUCAAUGUAUAUUUAAUGGUUUGUUAUUUUCUGUUUGCACAAAAAUGUACGAAAAUGUUCGAAUAUUUUAAAGCAUUUAUUUUAUGCAAUUACGUACAAUGGAAUACAAAGAAGAAACAAGAAAGCACACACAAAUCACUCAAAGUGCCUAAAUGAUAUACGUACUUAAGUAUGUAAGUCACCGUUAUUUAAAGUCAACAAAAAGUGGCCUAUAAAAAUAUACAAAUUUGUAUUGGUCCUGGCAUUGCUAGCUUAAUUUAGUAAUACUAUUCAAAUUUUAUACAUACAUAUAUCCUUUUAUUAAAUUCUUGAAUUUAGUUUAAUUUAUUUUAAUUAGUUGAUCAUUUUUAGCCUAAUCCUAAAUUUAGUUUAGAUUUAUAUUACCAGUAAUACCGUGACAGUACUUACAAUUUACUCGCUGCCUAAAGUUAUGGUUUUUAAGAAAAAAAACAAUUGCAAAUAUAUGUCACAUAGCAAAUAAUGAAGAUUCUGCUUAAAGAGCAGCAAAGAAGAUGUGCAAUAAAGUUGCCUUUAUAUUCUGCCUUAAUUCUGCGUGAAAUAUAUUUCAUAGAAAUAAUUAUUAUAAUUAUGUAUUUGAGAGCCCUAUGCGAAUUGUAACUACUAUUACAGUGAAAGUAUUAAAAUAUACAAUAAAAAACCGCUUAAGAAUAGAG